GCGCGGAGGGGGCCGCAAAACGCCCCCCCUCCCCUUUCCCCCCAGCCCGUCUCCCUCCGCCCUAUAUAAGGCGCGCGCGGCGGGGCUACCGGCUCCGCAGUGUGCGUGGGCGCGCGCGGUGGUUCCGCGCGGCUUCCUCCUCCUUCCCACUCCCCCCCCACCUUCAACCCGGCCUCAGCAGCGCCGCCGCCAUGAGUUCGGGGACCCCCUACAUCGGCAGCAAGAUCAGCCUCAUCUCCAAGGCUCAGAUCCGCUAUGAGGGCAUCCUCUACACCAUCGACACCGAGAACUCCACUGUGGCGCUGGCCAAGGUGCGGUCCUUUGGUACUGAAGACCGGCCCACAGACAGACCUGCUCCUCCAAGGGAAGAAAUCUAUGAAUACAUUAUUUUUCGAGGAAGUGACAUCAAAGACAUCACUGUCUGUGAACCUCCAAAAGCUCAACAUACUCUGCCACAAGAUCCUGCCAUUGUUCAAUCUUCACUGGGCUCUGCCUCUACAUCAUCCUUUCAGCCACAUGUGCCUUACAGCCCGUUUAGAGGUAUGCCACCUUACAGCCAGCUUGCUGCCAGCUCUUUACUUAGCCAGCAGUAUGCAGCUUCAUUAGGUUUAGAGAAAUUGGUAAGCCCUCCAGCAUCAGCAGCUGCUUCCAGCCCUAGUUCUUCUCCGUCUCCACAACCUGUUUCAGAGCCUGACAUGUCUUCAGAGCCCCAUCAGCUCUCUUCCAAGGGUCCUGGCUUUCCUUCUGUUCACCCAGUCCGCAAAAGCCCCAUGGUAGAGCAGGCUGUUCAGACUGGCCCAGUCUACAACUUGAAUGCACAAAAGCCAUCCCCGGUGAAAGUAACUCCAGGGGUUCAGCGCAAUGGACGGCAGGUUCCACCGGGCAGCAGUAAGACAACUGAUACAGUCCAGGCAGCACCUGUGCAAACCCAAGGACAGGUGAAUGAUGAAAACCGAAGACCUCAAAGGAGAAGAUCAGGAAACAGGAGAACCAGAAACCGUUCUAGAGGACAAAACAGACCAACUACUGUGAAGGAAAAUACAAUAAAGUUUGAAGGUGACUUUGACUUUGAAAGUGCAAAUGCACAAUUCAACAGAGAGGAACUUGAUAAAGAAUUCAAGAAGAAACUAAACUUUAAAGAUGACAAAGCAGAGACGGGGGAAGAAAAAGGGGACCCUGGAGUGGCAACUCAAAACAAUGACAGUAACGCGGAGGAGGACCUUCUGGGACCCAACUGCUAUUAUGAUAAAUCCAAGUCUUUCUUUGACAACAUUUCUUCAGAACUGAAGUCUAGUUCUAGGCGUACCACGUGGGCUGAAGAAAGGAAGCUCAACACAGAGACGUUUGGAGUGUCUGGACGAUUCCUUCGUGGCCGCAGCUUUCGUGGUGGAUUUCGAGGUGGAAGGGGUAGCGGAGCAGCAAGGCGGACCCACCCCACUCACAGAGCGGGUACUGGCAGAGUGUAACUUCAGAGGCAAGUUUUUUUAGCAAGAAUAAACACUGUGCUGUGCCAGGUUUGUCUUAUUCCUUGCCUGAACUGUCUGUGCAGACUGUUUUGCUCUCUAGUCUCAUGGAUAGAUCAAGAAUUGUUCCUUUAUUGUAUCUGAUCGAUCCUUCUAAGCAGUAGAAGGAAAGAACAGGUUAAAAUUACACAUUCAAGAUAUUGAUAGUUCUGUUGAUUUCUUGGGCUGGCUUUCUGUCUGAGAACGCAAGAACUGCUUGUUUGAGCUGAGGCUUUCUAGCUAAGGGUUUCAGUUGAUAUGUGGGUGUGAACUUUGUUUUUCUUUCCCUGGGAGAAGAUACCCACGAUAUCAGAUCUAAUUCUGCCUUUUUCCUGAACAGGUUAAGAUCUAAGAUCUCUCCCAAGAGGAUGAAUCUGUAUAUAGAAAGAAAACAACGAACUGCUGCACUAAUGUGGGAAAAUGGUUCAUAGUGUUUACUGUCUCAGCUCAAGUGACAGAACUUCAUGUACUACUGCUUAUCUUCUGGACUUAUUUUGGACCAGCAACAGUCAGCUGGAGUAUUCUUUGGAAGAGGGAAUGUGUUCAGGGGUACCUUCUUCAGGGUGUCUUUUUUCUUUGUAUUUUUUUAAGUGCAGACUAACUUACAUCGUUCUUCUUUCGGGGUCUCUCAAAGGCUGCUAUAGUCUAAGCUUAAAGUCAGACUCCUUUUUCUGAACCCUGAAGAAGAUAAAUCAUGCUACUUUAACAUGGAACCAAAGCUCACUUGAAAUAAACCAGCUAUAAUUUGUUUGUUCUGAGUAACCAAAUGGAUCCUUUGGUGCCGCUGGUCUCAGCGGCAGGUGUGAAGUAGCACUUGGUAUCUGGAAGAAUGGAUUCCUGGUGCCGAGGAGUUGUGUGUAUUGUCACUUGGGAAUACUGGAUUGUUGAUCAUGUAGUAGUGUAAAUGCCUGUACAACUGUUUGUCGGCUGGUACUCAUGUGGAGGCACUGCAGGUGUGCACAGUGCUGCGACUCCCUCGAGCCGAAGGGUGCUGGGCGCUCCUCAGGCUCAGAGCGCCUCACUGGUCGGGGCAGUGCAGGGACAGCGUGCUGUGCCCUCGCAGGACAGGGGUGGGCAUAUGUGUCCCUGCUUCUGUACUCAGAAGAAAGAGGUUUGGGCAGUAGCUGGCUGUCUGGGAAGGAGACUGAAGCCUUGACUUCUUGCCCUCGGUGUGUGCCUCGCUCCUAGGCAGUACUGGAGGCAAACAGUUCUCUGUACACUAGUAACUGUGGUGGAACACUAUGGAAUGUUUUCAUUAAACUAGGGAUGAGAGUCCGUAUAAUGAAGCUUAACAGAUGGGCAUGUUUAAUUUGUUUCCUCUAUACCCCCAUACUGUAAAUAGUUUAGUUGUUUUUCUUUUGUUUUUAAAAGUGUGUAUGUGGGGAGAGGGGCUGGGAGGGGGGGUUUACAUUUCUUUGCAUGAAUCUGUGGGUUAAACUGCUAUAGGCAUGUGUCCCUUUUUUGGUUGGUAGGGAAUUUUGUUGGAAAAGCACCUUGAUGACCGAACCCCUUACAUAGCUAGAAUUUUUAGUUACGCGUUGACCUAGGUUACUGUAAAAGCUUGGAUUUAUUUUUGUAGGACUUUAUUGCUAAGAAUUAGGACAUAGCAGUGGGGCCGCUCUUUGGAGUGAUGUAAAUUGUAAUUAUAAUAAACAUGUAAAUGUUUACUGGUUUGCUCCUGGUUUGUUCUGUACACAGCUCACUACCGUUGGUCCGUACAGUGUGUCACAUGUCUGUCCUAGCAGGGCUUGCAUCUAAGUUGGAUAAAGCUGUGCUGCAGAGUCCUCCCAGGCCCAGACAGCAGUACACAGUGUUGGAAAUGGGCUUAAAAACCCUCAUCCAGGCCCUGGCUCCCCUUGUUCCCAGGGCCCUGUGUUCUUGCUCUCUGGUUGAGGAAUCGGGUGCUGCUGUUCCCUGUGGUGCCCGAGCCCUGGGCCUGGACCAACGCUUGUUUUGGGUGGUGGGGCCGUGGGUCCCGUAGCCACAAACCACCUCUGGUGCCUGUGCUCAUACCCACAAGACAGCGGGUGCUGGAAUGGCUUCCCUAGAACUGCUGUGAGCCUCUCGUUUCUCUGCUGGCAAAACAGCCACUGUGAUGUUCUGUGUAGAGGUGGAAUUGCACUGCGGGAGUCAACAGACUUGUCCUGGGUGGUAAAAAAAAAAUCAUUAACUUUGGUGCAGGAAUGCCUUUCUGUUUGUUUCUGAGACAGCAACUCCCCUUGCUGCUGCAGAAAGGCCUUGGAUCGAAUACAUGGGAGAUGGUUGCUGUCACUGACACCUCUGGAGUGACCGUAAUGGGGAUUUGUCUGGCUGCCCUGGGCUGAGUGCUGCACCUGGCUCGCUGUGUGGGAGCAGCAUCCAUGGAAUAACGGCUGCCGCUCAGCCCCAGUGCUCACUGCUGGCAUUUCACCAGGAGAAGCUUUCGGCUGGAAGAUUCCCAGCGCGAGGGAAUGAUGCUGGUGACUUGUGCAGGAAACCAAACACAGCUCUUGACUCAGAAGUUCUGUCCAAAACACCACUGUAUUCCAGCAACUCACUUUCUCUAGCUGAUGUGAUCUGGUGCUUCCCUGGGCAAGAGAAAAAGCCCUGCAGUGUUCCUGUCCUCAAACCCUGGCUGACUCUGGAAGCAGCAUGGCUGUGGUGCAAGCCUGGGAGCCUCCCCAGGCUGCCUGCAGCCCCGCUCUCUCUGGCAGGGCACAGGCUCUUUGCUGUAUGCCUACAACCCCUGCUCUGGGCUGUUGAGGGCAGCUGAUGCGCUGCUUUCAGGGGCUGAUCCCCUUCCAUCCUUCUGUGCAAAGAAGUGUUGCGUGUUGCAAGCAGGUCCUGAGCCUUGUGGGAAGAACCUAAGA